CAGAGAGAGGUGUUAUCCAGAGCACACAGGCUGAGAACCAUACACACUCACACGGGAAGCUCAGACCUGUCCACUGUUCACAGCACAGCCAUGGGAGUGGAGAUAGAGACCAUCACUCCAGGAGACGGAAGGACUUUCCCCAAGAAGGGUCAGACAUGUGUCGUUCACUACACGGGUAUGCUGCAAAAUGGGAAGAAGUUUGAUUCAUCCAGAGACAGAAACAAGCCUUUCAAAUUUCGGUUAGGACGACAAGAAGUGAUUAAAGGAUGGGAUGAUGGCAUCGCACAGAUGAGUUUGGGUCAACGAGCAAAAUUGACCUGCACACCAGACGUUGCAUAUGGAACUACUGGGCACCCAGGAGUCAUCCCACCCAACGCUACCUUGGUUUUUGACGUGGAGCUUUUAAAAAUUGAGUGACCGCAUACAAGGGCAGGCUGAAAAAAGAUCUCCAAAACCAUUAUCCACCUCUUCCUUUUACUGACCACCACCAAUAGGGCCACUUCAGCAGAAAGGGGCCACACAAGUCUUCACAAUAACCAUGGCACUGUCAAAGCAGACUGCAUUGGCUUCCAUUGCAGUCUUCUCUGGCAUAACUAUGACAGGACGAUGGAAUUUAUGGUCUUCUAACAUAGGUCAAUUUUUGCAGUGACUCCAGACAGGCUCUUAGCAAGGUCAUUGAGAUGUGAAGAACUCAUUGAUCUCCCAUUGCAUCUUUUUUUCAUCUAGAUCAGUGAUGCUUAUAGAACUGGUUUAUACUCAAGAUAUAUCAGGACCUUCCAAAUCACAUACAUUCCACAAAGUUACUGUACACAACUUUUCACUGUGUCUGUAGGUUUGUAAUAUAUUGGUGGUAUCAUUCAUUGGCUGUUUAUAAGCCGGAAUUCAUCUACCAUGAGCUUUCUAUCACAAAAAAACGCUUAAAAUAUGAAUGUAUCUGAUGUGUGGCCAGUUUGAAGCCAGAACUGAAAACCAUCUGCUGCUGAUCCUUAAAGUCGCCCUAUUCUUGGCAGCUAAAAGAGGCAGUCCCGAAAGUCGAAGAUCAAAUGACAUCAACCAGUGUAGUUGGGUAGAAAAUCUUUUAAAAAAAAAGCUUUAUUUUAUUAUUUUUGGAACAUUUCUUAAGUUUUAAUUGGAACCAACCUAGUCCUGAAUAUAUUUAACUUUUUUUUUUUGCUGUAUAAAGUUGGCUAAUUUGCACCAAAAUGGCCCUGAUUUAAUUAAAAAUAUUUGUAUUUCAUGUGUCAUUUUUUUUUAAUUUCUCUUAUUGUUAGAAUACAACAAAAAAUACAAUGAAAAAAAUGUUGCUAUAGGGACUGCCUCUUUAAAGGGCCUUAAGGAAAACUAACCUGUUACUUUAUAACUUUUUUUUUUUUUUUUUAUACAUUCAUCAAAAUAUCUUCCCAGAUCUUGGCCUCAGCCCAGAAUAAAAAAUAAAAAUACAUGAAAUAAUAAUAAAAAAAAAAACAUACACAAAAAAUUAUCUGCCCCAUAAGAAGGGGGCGCUCAUUGCUGUUAUUGUCAUUUUCUUUUCUUAAGUGGUGUCUGUGUUUUUUGUCUUGAAGCUUAAGAAAAUGUGUUGAUUUUUAAGAAGACAAGCAAAGGGGAAAAAACUACUACAACCACAAAUACGUCUGCUAUUUUGGCUCUAACACUCUCUAAGUUGUACAUUUUGUUAAGCUCCUUCCAGUGAGGUAAAUAUUUUUGGCAAGAUGGUAUUCAUGGAGGUAGCCAUUUUAUGUAAUGAACCAAUUGUCAUGACAACACAAUCUAGCUAGGGUUCCUGCCACUUUGAUAUGUAAUUUUAGGCCAAAAACACUACAUAGGGGGAGAUUUAUCAAAACCUGCGCAAAGGAAAAGUUGCCCAGUUGCCCAUAGCAACCAAUCAGAUUGCUUCUUUCAUUUUCCACAGGCCCUUUUGAAAAUGAAAGAAGCGAUCUGAUUGGUUGCUAUGGUCAACUGGGCAACUUUUACUCUGCACAGGUUUUGAUAAAUCGCCCCCAUGGUGUCCUAUUAAAGGGGUUGUAAAAGAAACAAAAAAAGGGUAUUUUUUCUUAAAAACCAGCGCUACUCAUAUUACUGGGCUGUGUAUGGUAUUACAACUCAGGCACAUCUGAAGAGAUAUCACUCACAGACCAUGAAGAGUGGCGCUGUUUUUAAAAUCCAUUUAAGUUGGCCAUAAACAAGAAUUAUUGAAUACGUUUCUGAUAAAUUUUUUUUUGGUUGGAAACAUGCUUUUUGAUGACCCUAGUUACCACUAUGUGGGCAUAAUUACUUUUAGGGUAGGGACACAUAUAGCGUAUAUGUAGUAUUUUUCACACUGCGGGAAAUCCUCUGAAUAUUUUCCUAUGAGCAGACACACAGGGCUUCCUGGCGGCAGUCCUGUGUGCAGUGAGGUUUGGAGGCCGGCUGGCGUGUCGCAGUCACAUCGGUGUGCUGGGCCUACCUCUAAACCUCACUGCGCACACAGGGCUGCCAUGGGAAGCCCUGUGUGUCUGCUCAUAGGAGACUACACAGUGUAUUUCCUGUGUGAUUCCACCCUUAGUCUGUUUUUUCCAUAUAUUUCUUGUGGUUCUCAUUGGAGGAAUAAGUAGAAAACACAAGGACCUGAAGCCUUUCCAUGUGUUAGAACUGAUACUACAACUUAAUUUCUCAGGGUUCACUGAAUAAACACUGCUGCUCAAGUAUGACAAUUGGCUCAGUAAACAAUAUGGCUUCCUCCAAAGCAUGUGGGAUAGGGACUCUAAGGGUAGGGUCACAUGUAGUGUAAAUGAUGCAUGCGUAUUUCAGUGCUAGCAAAAUCUAUGGGGGUUUAUUCUCACUCCCAUAGACUUUGCUAGCAGAGAAAUAUGACGCGUCAAACACGCAUCAAAUAUGCAGCGAAUAAGUUACACGUGACCCUACCCUAAAGCCUGAUGGGCCGUAUGGAAGCAAGAACCUUUAAUUUGCAUGUGGCAUAAUUCACACUACAAAAAUAGACACAAGAUAAAGCCCACUGCCUUACAGUACACUUAGGGAAGGAGGUGCUCGAGGAAUGUUCUCAGCACAUUCUGCGCACAAAUGGGCAUUAGCUAAAGGUUAUCUGCUGUAUCACACCGACUCAGUCCUGUAAGUCUUGCUUGCUGCUGAUCUAAAGAGAGCCUCUCCUUUAACUACGUAUAUACAGAUCUAUAUAUAAAUAUAUAUAUUACAAAAGAAGAAUAAAUUUUAUGAAAAUCA